AUGUCCCGAGCGCAUUCUCCGCCGAGGGGCAUUCUACACACGCUCGCCACGUCAUCUGCGCCGCUGAUCGAGGAUCCCCGCGCGCCGCUCGCGGACCGUCUCCGCGCGCUUAUCAUUAAAGCGGAAGCCGCAGGUCUUGCGCAACCGCCGACUGCGGGGACGGCCGAGGCGCCGAGCCACGGAAGGUACUUUCCAAAAUCCACGUCCGAACCUGGUGUUGCGGGUGCGGCGGUUUCCGAAGCGAUUUUCAGCGACCAGUGGGGCUCUCAGGUUGACAACAUCGAGUGUGAGACUACGGGGCGGCUUACAGCGGGGAUGGGGAGUCUCUUCAAAUCAUAUCCCUCGUUUCCCGGAGCCAUUUUUUACCCGUCGCCUUCCGGCGCCGCCGUUUUCCGCCAAGACCUGCUGCUCAACCGCAGCGGGAGCGUCAGCGGUAACCCGCGCUCCCCGCAAUGGCAUUCCCCGCGCUCCCCGCAUUCUCCGCGCGCAUCCGCGUCGCCGCGCUCCCCGCAUUCCCCGCGCUCGCCUGCCCGGCAUCACCGCAGCUUCGCGUCGCGUCUCGCCGCGCGCGGUCCGUCCUCCGCGUCGCAGAAGCUUCCGCCUCCGUCCGUGGCGCAUUUGAUACCGGAGCGCCCAUCGUCCCAAGUCGUUUCCGGCGGAGACUCGGAAACUUCCCUACUACGACCGCCCACGUACCCGCAGCAGCAGCAGCAGAACCAGCAGCAGCAGCAACUAAAGCUCGAACAAUAUCAACACAUUCAAGAAGCACCAAUGCGUGUCGCAUCCCCGUUCGCUCUCAGAGACGCGGGAAUCAGCCCAGCCGCCCUCCUCGAGUCGCCUAUCAUGGCAGGCCGCCCCGAACCAACCCUAGGCUCGGCAGGGAGUGCAGCCUCGGCACAAGCCGAACCUGCUGUCGCUGCAUCGUUUUUGGAUCUACCACCACCGUCUCUCCCCCUCCACGCCUCAAAUCUCCCCCUCUCGGCCUCAGUUCCCCCCUUCCACGCCACAGUUUCCCCCCCAAACUUGACGGUUCCCCUUCUGCCUGCUUCUGUUAACGGGCUGGUAAAAGCUUUUCCACCGAAACCAGCGCCCCUUACUGUACCAGGCUCAGACGCCGAGCCUGCAGGUUUGGAAAUGUCCGAGCCUGCGAUAGAGGGGGAAACCCCAACCUCUGGUGUGGAGAACCCAGCGAAGGAGGAAGUUUUUGCUUUCGGGGGGAGGGACGAAACGGCAGGGAAAGAUGACCUGAACGACCUGUUUGACUUUUUUGACUCGCUUGUGGGCGGCGCAAGUGGCAGUGGGAGUGGGAGUGGGGGUGUGGGUGGGGGUGAGCAGCAAAGAAGCACCGAGAACCUUCUUGGAAGGAACAGCAGCUGCAGCAGCGACCGAAGCAGGAAGCACCUGGAAGUUUCAGAAGCGCCGGAAACCUAUGGGAGCAAAUCUCGGGCAGGUCGGAAAUAUCGGAGCAUGGAGGGACUGGAGGCGAACCGCAUCACGGAGUUUAUUUUGGUGCCUGCCCAAGACGGGUACAACUGGCGAAAGUACGGGCAAAAAAUGGUGAAAGGCUGCCUGCAUCCCCGGCUUUAUUUCCGUUGCACAUAUCCGGGCUGCCCGGUGAGAAAAACGGAGGAGCGGGCAGAUGACGGGGAGGUGCUAGAAAGAAUCUACAGGGGAUUGCACAAUCACCCGCUUCCUGGGCUGCCCGCAAAAGAAAGUCAGGAGGAGGGAUGGGAAACCCGGCGUGCGCAGCAGCAGCAGCAGCAGCAGCAGCAGCAGGAGUUGGAUGCUUCCCCUCCUGCUGCUGCUGCUGCUGAUGUUAGUUCUCAACUUCCCCUACUUUCCCCAUCUUCAUUUCCGUUACUACGAGCCGAGUCCUCAUCAAUAAGGCAGGGUACUCCCAUAAGUAACGCUAUUGGUAACCAGACUGGUAACCCUACUGGUAACCAGACUUGUAACACUGCUACAGACCGCCAUGGGUCACAGGAGAGGCUAUGGGGGAAGCGACUGUUCCUUCAUCACAGCCGUUUAUCCGCCCCUGCCAACCUGCAAAUCUCAGCCGUUGAUCUUACUAGCCCUGCUCUUAGUUCUGAGGGGCCCACAGGGAGCAGUGGUGGGUCGAAUGUGAGUGGGGAGAGGAAGAGGAAGGCGCUACCUGGGGUAGGUGUAUCUGCUGGGAACCUGUCAGCUGAAGGGAUGGAGGAUGAUGUUACUAGCGCAGCAGCUUAUAACGCAGCGGUAUCUCUUACUAAUAAAGCUGCUCAUAACGGAGCAGCUGCUAAGGAAGCAGCUUAUAACGAAGCUGCUGGAGUUACGGAUAAGAAGCCGAGGCGGAGCGCCGAAACGGUGCUGCUUCAAAGGCACCCUGCCAUGCCCACCACCCUUCACUCAACUGCAGCCGCUCUUGCACUCACUCCCUCCGCCUUCACGUUCCCCUCCUCCAUUCUCAGCCAUGUUCCCCUCACAUCAACACCCUCAGUCACAUCCUUGCGGAUAGCUUCAAAGGCACCCUGCCAUGCCCACUACCUCCGACUGAAUGCUUAG